AUGAAGAACUUUAAUAUGUUGCUUUUGUUCAUUCUUCUUCUUUGUUCGCGUGAUUCCCAUGGUAGUAGAGUUGAUCAUGCUCAAGGUCACAUUCAAUUGGAUAACCGUGUGGGUUCCAUGUUCCCCCAAAUCGCGCCAGUUGGUGCUCCACAAGGACUGCAACCCUUUCUUCCGCUUAUUGCGCCUUCACCGUUGACUCCAUUCACCAAUAUUACCACCCCAAAGUUAUCAGGACUCUGCAUGUUGAACUUCACCGCUGCCAAAAGUUUGCUAAGUGUGACGGCAAUUGACUGCUGGGGAUCUUUUGCGCCUGUUCUGGCUAACGUAAUAUGCUGUCCACAAUUGGAAGCCACUCUCACUGUUCUCAUAGGUCAAUCCAGUAAACAUACCGACAUACUUGCCUUAAACGGAACCGCUGCUAAACAUUGCCUUUCGGACGUCGAGCAAAUUUUAAUGGGGCAGGGUGCAAAUGGUGAUCUGAAGCAAAUAUGUUCGGUUAAUUCUUUGAAUCUCACGGAGGCAUCUUGCCCGGUAAAACAUGUGAAUGAUUUUUACGACAUGGUGAAUACUUCUAAGCUGCUUAAAGCGUGUGAGAACAUUGAUCCUGUGAAAGAAUGUUGCUACCAAUAUUGUCACAGUGCUAUAUUAGAAGCAGCUACAAAAAUUGCAUCAAAAGGUUCUAAUGUUUUAGACUCAGACGCAUCGCGUAUUCUACCCGAACAUUCAAUUCGGGUCAAUGAUUGUAGAAAUAUAGUACUCCGGUGGAUAUCUAGUAAGCUUGAUCCGUCUCACGGAAAGAAAGUUCUCAGAGGAUUGUCUAAUUGCAAUAUCAACAAAGUUUGUCCACUCGUUUUGCCUGACGCAAAGCAUGUUGCCAAGGGGUGCGGCAACGGGAUAAGUAACAAAACAGCCUGCUGUGAUGCCAUGUUAAGCUACGUGUCUCACUUGCAGAAGCAGAGUUUCAUCACUAACUUGCAAGCUUUGGGUUGUGCAGAAACUUUGGCAAUGAAAUUAAAAAAGUCAAAAAUUGUCGAUGAUGUUUAUAGUCUUUGUCACAUAAGCCUUAAGGAUUUUUCACUCCAAGUUGCAAAUCAAGAAUACGGUUGUCUAUUACCUAGCUUGCCUUCAGAUGCCGUCUUUGACCAAACUUCUGGAGUUAGCUUCCUUUGUGAUCUAAACGACAAUAUCCCAGCUCCCUGGCCUUCUACAUCUCAAGGAUCAUCUUCAUCGGCGUGCAAUAAAUCUAUCAUCAACAUACCUGCCCUUCCUGCUGCUGCUGCAUCUGGUCAAAGUUGUCUCUACAGUCACGACGUGCUGAUAUUCCUUCUUGUCAAUUUAUUCUUUCUCGUGAUGGCACUCGUGUAA